UUGUUGGAGUAUGAGAAAAAGUGAUAGGUGUAUACUGUAUAGAAGAACUCGCCAUACCCUGUGCGCAUAGAGAGUGAAAAACCGAGAAAGAGAGCGAAGACGACAUGACGGAGAGUAGCCCGAGAAGGCUUAGGGGUCACAAGGCCACGGCCACGUGCUGCAUCGCCUCUCGCGAACGUCCUGGCCUCGUUGCCACUUCCGGCGAGGAUGGUUGCAUUUGCUGGUUUGAUAUGCGAUGCAAAGACGUACAACUUGUGAUGGAUGUUGCAAAGGAACCCAUUUCAUCAUUAUGUUUCAAGUCAGGGAACGAAGAGAUUAUUAGUGUUUCUUCAGGAAAGGAGGUCAAGUGUUUUGAUGUGCACAUGGCCGCUGCAUGGAAGCCAUUGGAGACUUAUACUUAUAAUAAAGAGGAGAUAAAUCAGGUUGUAUGCAACUCUAAGUCCUCUUUUCUUGCUGCUGCAGAUGAUGGUGGUGAAGUGAAGAUCAUUGACAUCCACCAGCAUUGCCUUUAUAAAACACUAAGGGCUGGCCAUUCAAGUAUCUGUAGCAGUGUGCAAUUUCUUCCUUGGAGACCUUGGGAAGUUAUUACUGGAGGUCUUGACUCAAGGCUAGUUUUGUGGGACUUCUCCAAAGGGCGCCCUUACAAAAUUCUUGAUUUCGGUUUGCCUGACGCGAACAGUAGUGGUAGUUCGGGACAAUGCUUUAAUCCUGCUUUUGUUCAUGCACUAGCGGUUUCAGAAGUUGAUAUGUUGGACAACUUAGGCAAGAUGUGUGCUGUCGCGAGGGGUGAUGGUGCUGUUGAUGUGAUUAAUAUCGAGUUAGAACUUGCUGCCAUGAGGUCAAAAAGCUCUACAAAACCCCGGAAAGGAUCUCAAUCAAGGUCUAAAGAUGGUAGUCCUAGUGGCGAGGUAGAAAACCCAGAUCAAAGUAGACAAAAGAGGUUGCAUUUGGAUUACUCAUUUGGGGGGCAUACUGCUGCCGUCUCUUGUGUGGCAUUCUCUUUGUUUGGGGAGAGAGGGAAAUUCAUUAUUUCAGGAGGAAAUGAUAAGUCUGUGAAGGUCUGGGAUUGGUCCAGAUACCUUGAUGCAGGGCAAUCUAAUGGCAACAACAAUCCACAUUUGAACAUCAAUCUCAGCAAAAAAGUCAAUUGGCUUUGCACCACUCCAACUGAAACAGAAAACCUUGUUGUUUGUGAUACAACAAAAGUUGUGAAAGUCUAUUCUGUAUCUUAUACCUCGUCCUUUUACGAGCUUGUCUCCGGUGGUAUAUUCUUAAUAUUUGAUUUUCAGGACAUGGAUUCACAAUCAUGUGCACACGGAGAGACCCAUCGGAAGGUCUGGUUGAGGUGUUGCGUCCACAAGGAAAGGGGAAGUAAAAAUAAUAUGAUGGAGUCUGGGUUUCCUGUUUGCAACUCUUGUGGUGAGCAAGUUGGGGUCAAUAACAAUGGAGAGGUGUUUGUGGCUUGCCAUGAAUGCAAUUUCUCCAUUUGCAAGGCUUGUGUUGAUUAUGAGAUUAAGGAAGGCCGGAAAGCAUGCUUGAGGUGUGCUGCUCCAUAUGAAGAUAAGUCAAUCGAUGAAGCUGGACUAAAGGCAUCCGGCGAUCGAUCCACAAUGGCUGCUCACCUUAAUGAUUCUCAGGUACAGGAUGUUGGAGUUCAUGCUAGACAUGUCAGUAGUGUAUCUACGGUGGAUAGUGAAAUGAAUGAUGAAUCUGGGAAUCCAAUAUGGAAGAACAGAGUAGAGAGUUGGAAGGAUAAGAAGAACAAGAAGAAAAAGGCUGCAACUAAGGCUGAAAUUAAGGCUAAAAAGGAGGAUGGAAUUCCACCAGAGCAGCAGAUGGAAGAGAAACAGUCCCCAGAGGCUGUACAGCUACUUUCAAGUGUUAUUCCAAUUCCAUCCAGCAAACUCACACCAUACAGAUGUGUUAUAAUUAUGCGGCUUGUAGUUUUAUCGCUCUUUUUCCAUUACCGAAUAACAAACCCCGUAGACAGUGCUUUUGGCCUUUGGCUCACUUCUGUCAUAUGUGAGAUCUGGUUUGCUGUUUCUUGGGUAUUGGAUCAGUUCCCUAAAUGGUCUCCAAUCAACAGAGAGACAUAUAUCGAUGAGCUAUCUGCAAGGUAUGAAAGGGAGGGUGAACCGUCUGAGCUUGCUGCUGUGGAUUUCUUUGUGAGUACAGUCGAUCCGAUGAAAGAACCCCCACUGAUCACUGCCAAUACUGUGCUUUCCAUCCUUGCGGUGGACUACCCUGUCGAUAAAGUCUCCUGCUAUGUGUCUGAUGAUGGAGCUGCCAUGCUUUCAUUUGAAUCUCUUGUUGAAACUGCUGACUUUGCAAGGAAGUGGGUACCAUUCUGCAAAAAAUAUGCCAUUGAACCACGUGCACCAGAGUUUUACUUUGCACAGAAGAUUGACUACUUGAGGGAUAAAGUGCAACCUUCUUUUGUGAAGGAACGUAGAGCAAUGAAGAGAGAUUAUGAAGAGUUUAAAGUGCGAAUUAAUGCUUUAGUUGCAAACGCUCAGAAAAUGCCAGAAGAAGGCUGGACUAUGGAAGAUGGAACACCUUGGCCAGGGAAUAACAGCCGUGACCACCCAGGCAUGAUUCAGGUUUUCCUUGGGCAUAGUGGUACUCAUGACUUAGAGGGAAAUGAACUUCCUCGACUGGUUUAUGUCUCCAGAGAGAAAAGACCAGGCUACCAACACCACAAGAAAGCUGGUGCUGAAAAUGCUCUGGUUAGGGUGUCUGCAGUUCUCACAAAUGCGCCUUACAUCCUCAAUCUUGACUGUGAUCACUAUGUUAAUAAUAGCAAGGCAAUUCGAGAGGCAAUGUGUUUCUUGAUGGACCCUCAAGUUCGUGGAGACGUAUGCUACGUUCAGUUUCCUCAGAGAUUUGAUGGCAUCGAUCGAAGUGACAGAUACGCCAAUCGCAACACGGUUUUCUUUGAUGUCAACAUGAAAGGACUAGAUGGCAUUCAAGGACCAGUUUAUGUGGGAACAGGUUGCGUUUUCAACAGGCAAGCUCUUUAUGGCUACGGGCCUGCUUCUUUGCCCAGCUUACCUAAGGCUUCCUCCUCCUCAUCGUCAUGCUCAUGGUGUGGAUGCUGCUCUUGUUGCUGCCCCUCCAAGAAGGCCUCUAAAGAUCCCUCAGAAGUAUACAGAGAUGCAAAACGUGAAGAGCUCGAUGCUGCCAUAUUUAACCUCAGGGAGAUUGAUAAUUAUGAUGAGCAUGAAAGGUCAAUGCUGAUCUCACAGAUGAGCUUUGAGAAAACUUUUGGCUUGUCCUCCGUAUUUAUUGAGUCUACGCUGAUGGAAAAUGGAGGAGUGCCUGAUUCUGUCAACCCAUCAACAUUGAUCAAGGAAGCAAUUCAUGUCAUUGGCUGUGGUUAUGAAGAGAAGACUGCAUGGGGAAAAGAGAUUGGUUGGAUAUAUGGUUCGGUCACUGAGGAUAUUUUAACGGGUUUCAAGAUGCAUUGUAGAGGAUGGAGAUCAAUUUACUGCAUGCCCGUAAGGCCUGCAUUCAAAGGGUCAGCCCCUAUCAACCUUUCUGAUCGACUGCACCAAGUUCUCCGGUGGGCACUUGGAUCUGUUGAGAUUUUCCUUAGCAGACACUGUCCGCUAUGGUAUGGAUUUGCAGGAGGCCGCCUCAAGUAUCUUCAAAGACUAGCCUACAUAAACACCAUUGUUUAUCCAUUUACUUCCCUCCCUCUCGUUGCUUAUUGCACAAUCCCAGCAAUCUGCCUUCUCACUGGAAAAUUUAUCAUACCAACGUUGUCCAACGUUGCAAGUAUGCUCUUUCUUGGCCUUUUCAUCUCCAUUAUUGUGACCAGCGUGCUUGAGCUGCGGUGGAGUGGUGUCAGCAUUGAAGACUGGUGGCGCAAUGAACAGUUCUGGGUGAUUGGAGGUGUUUCGGCCCAUCUCUUUGCUGUUUUCCAAGGAUUCCUGAAGAUGUUGGCCGGCGUUGAUACCAAUUUCACAGUCACUUCAAAAGCAGCCGAUGAUGGAGAAUUUGGUGAGCUCUACCUUGUCAAGUGGACAACAGUUUUGAUCCCUCCGACAACACUCAUCAUCGUCAAUAUGGUGGGUGUUGUGGCUGGAUUUUCUGAUGCUCUUAAUAAAGGAUACGAAGCAUGGGGGCCACUCUUUGGCAAGGUUUUCUUUUCCUUCUGGGUCAUUCUCCAUCUUUAUCCCUUCCUAAAGGGUCUCAUGGGCCGCCAAAACCGGACUCCAACCAUUGUUGUUCUGUGGUCGGUGCUGUUGGCCUCAGUCUUCUCGCUUGUCUGGGUGAAGAUAAAUCCCUUUGUGGGCAGUGCUGAUGCCUCAACCGUCGCCCAAAGCUGCAUUUCUAUAGAUUGUUAGGUCUCUCUCUCUCUCUAUUGAUGCUUCCCAGAAUUUUCCAUCCAAUCUGAUGAUGAUUAUGAUUGCCAUUUAUUAAAGUGGGAAUCAUGCUUAGCUCUUUGUUGAGUGUUCCUGACAUAUUGAUGUAAGUUUUGGACAAAUACGUAUUGAUCUUUUGAGUGCUGGAUAAUCUGUUUGCGAACUGAGAAAAAUAUUUUCUUCCAUGAGUUGAAAUUCUAGGAUGCCAGGAAAGCACCUGUCGAAUUCUUU